UGUGAUUUGUCAGGGAAAUCUCGGCCACCUGCUCCCCUCAUGCAAAUGGACCCUAACCCCUGACAGCUGCUCCUUGGGCCUCCAACUCUAAGCCCUGUCUUCCCUCUGAGCUUGGCCCGGACUUAGGGCAGCCUGAUCCCUUGGGGUCCUGCCUUCACAGCCCCAGCAGGACCCUGUGAGUCAUAGGGGCAAGGAGUGGGACAAACCCUAGGUGGGAGCAGGGGAUGGGGUUGCCCUCCACUUGCCAUCCUUUCUCUACCCAAAGCAGGGGCAGGCCUGUCCAUCCUUCUCUCUGGAUCCUCUGUACCUCCUCCCACCCGCCCAGGAUCAGACCUAGGGGCAGCUGGUUGGGGUUUGUCGGGAAGGAUUAUCCAGAUCAGUCCUUCUAAUCUCAGGUCCUACCUGCGCCCUCCCCAUAUUCACCGUAGCCCUCCUCCCCCACCACCCCGAGCUAAGGAACAAAGUUUUGGGUAUUGACAAUGGGCCAUCUCUCACCCUCACAUUCUGGCUCCUGGACUGGUUGUUAGGUAGGCCCUGACUGCCAGAUCAUCACCAUUGGUGGAGCCAGGGCCUGGGGGGGCCACUGGGGCUGUGGUUCUACUGCUCCUCUGCACCCCUCCCAACCCCAACCCUUAAUCCUCACAGCUUUGCUCUAAUCCUACGGGGCCUGAUGCUCUUCUCUCUGCCCACAGAGAGGCUGGCCAGGGAAGCACCCCUUCAACCCCUCCUCCCUCCAGGGCUUGUUGUGGGGGACUGCUCCUCUCUAUAGCCCCAUACUCCUGCUCCCCGCCCUCCCCCAGGCUGGACCCAAGUCUCUGGAAGCCACACACCUCCCUCCCUGUCCUCCCCCCCACCCCGGCAGCUGAUUUCAUUUGCCUGACGUAGUUGGCCCUACCCUUCCCUGUCAUCCCCCCCGCUCCCCCGCCCCCCAGAGUCGGGGCCAGGCCAGGCCAGCUCCUCCAGCAGCAGAGCUGGGACAGGUGACGGGCGGGCAUCGCUGCUGAGGGAGUGAGGAGGCACCUGGGAACUGGAGCUGGAGACCUGGGAGAGGUCCAGGCAGAGCCCAAGAGCCGGAGUCACCCCUCAACCCGUCAGCCAUGGGGGAGAUGGAGCAGCUGCGGCAGGAAGCGGAGCAGCUCAAGAAGCAGAUUGCAGACGCCAGGAAAGCCUGUGCUGACAUUACUCUGGCAGAGCUGGUGUCUGGCCUAGAGGUCGUGGGACGAGUCCAGAUGCGGACACGGCGGACGUUACGAGGACACCUGGCCAAGAUCUAUGCCAUGCACUGGGCCACUGACUCCAAGCUGCUGGUAAGUGCCUCGCAAGAUGGGAAGCUGAUCGUGUGGGACACCUAUACCACCAAUAAGGUACCAGCCCUGCCUCCCUGCCCCCCAUCACCCCAUCCUUCCUUCGGGCAUCAUGCCUACCCUCCUCUGCCCUCCGCACCUGGGAGCCCAGCUCAGGUCCUGCCUCUGGCCACACCCGCCCUCCUGCAGGUUCAUGCCAUCCCGCUGCGCUCCUCCUGGGUCAUGACCUGUGCCUAUGCCCCGUCAGGGAAUUUUGUGGCAUGUGGGGGGCUGGACAACAUGUGCUCCAUCUACAGCCUCAAAUCCCGCGAGGGCAAUGUCAAGGUCAGCCGGGAGCUCUCUGCUCACACAGGUUAUCUCUCCUGCUGCCGCUUCCUGGACGACAACAACAUUGUGACCAGCUCAGGGGACACCACGUGUGCUCUGUGGGACAUUGAGACUGGGCAGCAGAAGACAGUGUUUGUGGGACACACGGGGGACUGCAUGAGUCUCGCUGUAUCUCCUGACUUCAAACUCUUCAUUUCGGGGGCCUGUGACGCCAGCGCCAAGCUCUGGGAUGUGCGGGAGGGGACCUGCCGGCAGACUUUCACUGGCCAUGAAUCGGACAUCAAUGCUAUCUGCUUCUUCCCCAAUGGAGAGGCCAUCUGCACGGGCUCGGACGACGCCUCCUGCCGCCUGUUUGACCUGCGGGCCGACCAGGAGCUGACCGCAUACUCCCAUGAGAGCAUCAUCUGCGGCAUCACGUCCGUGGCCUUCUCCCUCAGCGGCCGCCUGCUCUUUGCAGGCUAUGAUGACUUCAACUGCAAUGUCUGGGACUCCAUCAAGUGCGAGCGCGUGGGCACCCUCUCUGGCCACGACAACAGGGUCAGCUGCCUGGGGGUCACAGCUGAUGGGAUGGCUGUAGCCACUGGUUCCUGGGACAGCUUCCUCAAAAUCUGGAACUGAGGAGGCCAGGGAGGUAAAAGGCCACGAAGACACUCAGCUGCCCCCUCCCCUGCCCAAUUUCUGUAAGGUUUUCUCUUCUCUACCCCAGCAGCCAUUCCCACCAAGCUUUCUCCCUUAAGGGCAGUGGGGAACAUGGGGAGUGUGCCUUUGGGAGGCAGAAUCAGGGACACAGGGGCAAGGAACUGCCCCAUCUCCUCCCACGGCCUCCCCUCUCCAUGGUCCUGACAGCUUUUCCCUUAAUGAGCAAGGAUAACUGACCCUCCCCAGCCCUUGGCAGCCUAGCAGCCUUCCAGUCUGAGCCCCAGGCCCUGGGAUUCCUCCCCUAGAGCCACUACCUUUGUCCAGACCUGAGUGGCACAGGGUGCUCAGCCCCAUGACCAUGGCUCUGGCACCAUUAGGGUCCCCUUCUCUUUCAUGCUUUCUCCUUCCUCUACCUUCUUUUUUUCUCUCCUAAAGCAAUUGCAAUAAAGCUAGCACCCCAGUA